AUGACCCCUUCAAUAGUUGAAGAGCCUAAGGCCAGGAAGCCAACGAGAAAGAAACCAAAUGCAGCCUCAGAUUUUAACCAUUCUCAAUUUCAUUGUUCCAUUCAGAGCCCCAACUUUCCUGAUCUGCAGCGUUCUAAAUCACCUAGCAGAAAUGGUACGACUGAAUCUAGAGAACCUUUGAUCAGCCAAAAGCCCAAGAAAAUGUUUUUGUUGGCAAGGCUUGGAGGACUGGGUUGUAAAGGGACUUCAACUCGGGUAUCAGAAUCGACAAUCAUCCGGUCUGCAGCUGAUUGGGAGACUGAGAAAAGGAGGAGGAAGAACCUGGGGAAUAGACCGCCUAGUAAAGCCAGGAUUCCUGAUAAUGUUGCUGUUGAUGUUCCUGAUAUAUGCUCAUUCCGUGUAGCUAGGAGAACUAGAAACAUCCAGCAUUUCUCUGCUUCAUCUUCACAAGGACCCUCAAAUUCUAUAUUCUCCAGAGACCAUUCAUUCAAUGCUAGACACUAUCAUCAAUUGGGUCAAUAUUCUCAUAGAGGAUUCAUAGAGGUAUUUGCACUCUUUGAAAGAAGUUUAGAUCAAUACAUGGACUGGAGACUCAAUCUUGAUAGGAUGUCAUAUGAGGAACUGCUUGAAUUGAGCGAUGAAAUUGGAUAUGUAGGCAGAGGUUUGAGUGAAGAAGACAUAUUCAGCUGCUUAACUAUACUUGAGCCAUCUGAUUUCGAGUCUGCACCAUUGCUGAUGUCGUUGGACGAAGGCUGGAGGUGUACCAUUUGUCAAGAGGAAUGCAAGGCUAAGGAUGAUGUUGGGCGACUUGGCUGUGGACACUGCCACCACAUUGAUUGCAUAAAGCAGUGGCUUAAGCAGAAGAACCAAUGCCCUGUGUGCAAAAUCGCACCCAUUGCUGACAAAUGAAGCGAUCAGUAUUGUUUUCCAGCCUCACUUAUCAAACUUCGGUUCUCAUAUACACUGAAAUCAAUUUCUCCAAUUUUAGGCAGAAAUGUAUCCGAUAUGCCAUGUCAAAUAUGCAUAGGCAAGCACAAGUCCUUUUAAUGUCCGUGCUUGGAAUUUUAUUUUCCCAUGUAUUUCCUACUUACGUUUUAAAGCACAAGUACUUGAUUUCGUGAUUUC